GGAAGCGGAGAAAGUUGGUAGAGAAGAGGAGCAGAUGGGAGGAAGGAAGGAAGGAAGGGAUCGGACGGGAUUGUAAACGCACCGGAGCUCGUUGUUGGUAGAAUUUCAAAUAAAAGUGGGGAAUCAGAGGCGCGCGUCCGCGCUGCGUGGACGCGGACAAGACAAGACAGCGGCGCUGAAGCGGCUCUGGAUCAGUUUUCUUUUUUCUUCUCCUUCACACUCCUCAUGUUCUCCAAAGUGAGCGUCAAUAACUUUUAAAGACAGCUCCUUCCCCCUUUCUGUCUCAUUCAACUUCCCGAUUCCUGGAAAAAGAAGAGAGUGGAAAAACAAAAAGAAAAAUAAAGAGAGAAGCUGCGGGGGUGGAAGCAGGAGGAAGCACUUCUGUUCCCUUCCGAGGAGUCCAGCUCGCCGUAGCCGGGGUUUAGGCGUUGGCACCCGGGCAGGGAGUCCCUCGUCAUGGCCGGGGCCAAGCCGGGAGUCCACGCGUUGCAGCUGAAGCCAGUGUCGGUCCACGAAGCGCUCAAGAAGGGGGGCAAGUUCAUCAAAUGGGACGAGGAGCCCAACAGCGGGCAACCCACGCUGGUAACCCUGAAAGUCGACCCAGAUGGAUUCUUCCUCUACUGGACUGGAGGGUCCAACCUGGAGGUCGAGUGUCUGGACAUCAGCACCAUCAGGGACACCAGAACGGGAAAGUACGCCAAACAGCCAAAGGAGCCGAAGGUGCGGGACGUGCUCGGCUUCGGGAAGGAAAACGUGGAGGGGAAGCUGGUAACCGUCGUCCAUGGCAACGACCUGGUCAACAUCUCCUUCCUUAACUUCCAGGCCAUGCAGGAGGACACGGCGAAGAUUUGGACAGAUGAGCUGUUCACGUUGGCCACAAACAUACUCUCCCAAAACGCAUCACGGAACACCUUCCUUAUCAAAGCGUACACAAAGUUAAAGCUCCAAGUGAAUCAGGACAGCAAGAUUCCAGUAAAGAAUAUUCUCAAGAUGUUUUCCGAUAAAAAGAGAGUGGAGACGGCUCUGGAGCAGUGUGGCCUCGUCAAUAACAGGUCAGAGGGAAUAAAGCCAGACGACUUCACGUACGAGGCCUUUCAGAAGUUUCUCGACAGCUUGUGUCUCCGACCUGAGAUCCAAAGCAUCUUUGAAGAAAGUGGCUCCAAGAGGAAACCUUUCAUUUCUCUGGACCAGUUAAUGGACUUCAUCAACCGCAGGCAGCGGGACUCCAGGCUGAACGAGGUGCUGUAUCCUCCGCUGAAACGGGAACAGGUCCGACAGAUCAUGGAGAAGUACGAGACCAACACGAGCCAACUGGAGAGAGACCAGAUCAGUUUGCAGGCUUUCAGUCGGUACCUGGGAGGAGAAGAAAACAGCAUCGUACCUCCAGAGAGGCUGGACGUCAUCGACGACAUGAACCAACCGCUGUCUCACUACUUCAUCAACUCCUCACACAACACAUACCUCACAAUGGGUCAGCUGACCGGUCCGUCGUCGGUGGAGAUGUACAGGCAGGUGCUGCUGACCGGCUGCCGCUGCGUGGAGCUGGACUGCUGGAAGGGUCGGCCGCAAGACGAGGAGCCGUACAUCACCCACGGGUUCACCAUGACCACUGAGAUCCCCUUUAAGGAGGUGAUUGAAGCGAUAGCAGAGAGUGCUUUCAAGACCUCACCGUACCCCGUCAUCCUCUCCUUUGAAAACCACGUAGACUCAGCCAAGCAGCAGGCCAAGAUGGCAGAGUACUGCAGGACAAUCUUCGGAGACGCUCUGCUCAUAGAUCCACUGGAGAAAUAUCCGCUGGUCCCAGGUCAGCCGCUCCCCUCGCCGCAGGAGAUGCUGGGGAAGAUUCUCAUUAAAAACAAGAAGAAGCAUCACCACCACCGACCCUCCGAAGGCGGCGGCAGCAUUAGACGCAAAGAGCUGGGGGAGCAGUCGUCACCCAACAACGACUGCCCUCUGACUGACAACGAGGGAAGCCAGCUGUCCAAUGGUGAUGAAAAGCUGGCUGAGAGGAUGAUCAAAGACUUGGAGCCUCGCAAAUCCAUUGGAGGCGAAGGAGAAAGCGAGGAGGAGGAAGACGACGAGUCCGUGACGGAGCUGAAAAAGCCGAACUCCGACGAGGGUACCGCCAGCAGUGAGGUGAACGCCACGGAGGAGAUGUCGACUCUCGUCAACUACAUCGAACCUGUCAAAUUCAAGUCCUUCGAGGUGGCAAAGAAGAGGAAUAAGUUCUUUGAGAUGUCGUCGUUCGUGGAAACCAAAGGCAUGGACACCUUGAAGAGCGCCCCUGCGGAGUUUGUUGAGUACAAUAAGAACCAGCUGAGUCGAAUCUACCCCAAAGGAACGAGGGUGGACAGCUCCAACUACAUGCCUCAGCUCUUCUGGAACGUGGGAUGCCAGAUGGCGGCGCUGAACUUCCAGACUCUCGACGUUCCCAUGCAGCUGAACAUGGGUGUGUUCGAGUACAACGGCCGCAGCGGCUACCUGCUGAAACCAGAGUUCAUGAGAAGGACGGACAAACACUUUGACCCUUUCACAGAAAAAAUAGUGGACGGGAUAGUCGCCAAUACGGUCAAAAUUAAGGUGAUCUCAGGCCAGUUCCUGACAGAUAAAAAGGUGGGUGUGUACGUGGAAGUGGACAUUUUGGGACUUCCUGUCGACACAAAGAGGAAGUACAGAACCAAACCGUCCAAUGGGAACUCGCUGGACCCCGUGUGGGAUGACGACAUGUUCGUCUUCAACAAGGUGGUCCUCCCUACGCUGGCCUCUCUGAGGAUAGCUGUGAUUGAGGAAAACGGAAAGUUUAUUGGACACAGGAUUCUCCCCGUGUCGGCCAUUCGACCUGGCUACCACUACAUCAACCUGAAGAAUGAGCUCAACCAGCCGCUCCUGCUGUCCUCUCUCCUGGUUUACACUGAGGCUCAGGACUACAUCCCUAAUGAACACCAGGAGUACGCAGAGGCCCUGACCAACCCCAUUAAACACGUCAGUGAGCUGCACAAGAGAGAGGAACAACUGGCUGUUUUCUGGGAGAACACCGUUGAGCAUAUCCCCAACCAGUUCAAAGACGGAGCGCUCAAGAGCGACAGCAUCGACAUUUCAGGAAGUGGACUCCCCUCCCCCUCCCAUUCUGCCCCCUCCAACCCAUUGGAUGACGCACCUGACAUCAACAAAAUACCUGUGCAAGCACAACCUCAGAAGGAGGACCUCAUAGCCAAUGUUAUAGGAGAUAUCCACGUCCAAUCAGCAGAGGAGCUGAAGCAGCACAAAAGUUAUAUGAAGCUGUUGAAGAAACAGGGCAAAGAACUCAAAGAGCUGCGUAAGAAACACCUCAAGAAGGUGUGGAAUGUGAGUAAGGAGCAGAAGAGUCGGAACAGCCAGCUUCAAUCCGAUACCCAGAGGAGACGCAGUCAGAUGGAGAAACACCUCAAACGUAGCAUCAGGAAAAACGAGGCCUAUGAACCGGUGCAGCGCGAGUUGAAAGAACUGGAUCAGGAGCUGGAGAAGCAGACGGUCCAGCUGCGGGAAUGGCAGAUGCAGGAACUGCUGACACUUCGGCAAGAGCUUCACUCCAUCGAAAGAGCAAGGCAACAAACGCACCUGCAGGAGGCCUUCCAGAAGUUAAGGGAGACGGCUCAGGAAUGCCAAGUAGCUCAAAUGAAGAAGCUCAAGGAGACGUGCGAGAAGGAGAAGAAGGAGCUCCAGAAGAUCCUGGACAGAAAACGACAAAACAGCAUCAGUGAAGCCAAGACCCGCGACAAAGACAAAGCUGAAACGGAGCUGAAUGAAAUCAACAGGAAACAUAUUCAGGACUCCGUCAACUCCAUCCGCGGGCUGGAGGAAGCACAGACCAGGAGACAUGACAAGCUGACGCUGAGGCAGCGGGAGGUGCUGCAACACAUUGAGGAUGAGCUUCCACUGCUUCAGUCUCAGCUGGACCAGGCCCUGAAGGACGAGUACCAGCGACUACCCGAGGAAAUCUGCCAGCACCUUCAGCUGGAGCUCCAAAACAAAGGCCUCCGAAAGGACGCCCUCUUCUCGGCCAUGUCCAACCACAGCAGCCCCAGCUCGGGCUCGGGCCCUCCUUCUAACUGCUCCACGCCCUCCUACCCGUCCACGCCCAAUCGGAGCACCUGGAACAGGAGCAUGGACAAUAGCAUCGUCUCGUUGGCCGACUCCACGUCCUCGUCCACCACGCCCGUCCUAUCGGAGGCAGAGAUGUCAUUCAGCUAAAGUUAUUAUUACUUGUACAAAGAAAGACAUAUACAUUCAACAGGGGUCUAUAAUGAUUAUAAUGUGGGAUAGUAAUGAUAUAGAUUAUUUACUAAUUUUAUUCCUUUUUUUUUAUUUUUAUUACACACCGUGUUGUCUACAGAGCUAUAUUAUUUUUUAAUUUGCAGUUUUUGUCAGAUGAUGAUAUUUCAUAAGAAUCAUAACUUCUUUUUUUUAAAUUUUAUUUUACAUUUUCUUGUCUUCGCCGUGCUUUUAAUUAAUGUCCGAUCUGAUCCCUUUUGUUUGCCAUUUUUCUGUGGUCAGUGCUUCGGUGUUUGCCACAACACAAGCUUUAGAUUCAUUUUUGCGGAAGCUGUUUGCUUUAAAAACUUUUAGCAGGGUUAGAAAACAGCAGCCCCCAAGACUUUAGGAAAAAGUAAACCAGAUUUUUUUUGCUUGUAGCAAAAUUGGAACACUGACUUUGCUUUGUAGUGGCUUUAUGUCCUUCAGAAGCAACUUAAAACGGAGCCAAAGAAGAUGUCUACAAAUCCAAACUGCACAUCCUUUCUACUCAAAGUAUUUUCCAGAAAUUGCCAUCAAGAGGGAACGUGAAGGAAAAGAGGAUGAAUAUUUUUAGCUGUAAUAGCAGCAGCUGACCAGCAAGGGGCGCUGCAGCCUUAACUGUUUCUAUUCCUUUCAAUCGGUGGUUUGAGCUGCCUGUUCUUCUAGUCUGAUAAUCCUGUUAUACUGUACCCCAACACACACACCUGUGCCGUCAGGAUUUGCAGCGUCAUUGGCCGGAACAAAAUCUGUGGCCUUUAACCUCCAAUCAAAUCGCAGCCAAGGUUGCGUCGAGGGACGGUCAGCAGACGUCCAUCUGGUCGGAAAUCAUGCACACGAGUGUGUAGGUUUGAGAGUAAAGAGGGGUUAUGGUGACGUAACGCUCUCGCUUUCUAAAUCAUGUGUAAGCAGACAUCUCUCUGAACACGCACAUUUUAUUGGUUCAGAGGCCCAAAGUCUCUUAAAUCCCAUCCAAUCUAGAAAAGCAGAGCACACACACACACAUAAUAGGCAGAAACCUCGAUAAUUUUACAAAUAUCAGAGAUUACUAAACUCCACGAGGGUAUUUGUGUGUGUGUGUGGCUAGAAGUUAAUCUCUUGAUGAGGCAUCUGCUUUUAGGGACAGCACAUGGAAGGAGUGGUGCAGUUAGUUUGCCUCUUUCGGAGCCUGGAAAAGGACAUCAGAUGCUAAACUAGCAGCGCCGCAGUGGGAGACUUAAAGCUGCACUACGACGUGUUAACAACCCACUCGUCUUUUUAGUCAACAUGCUCAAGACGCUUGUAAUUUAGACCCUUUCUUGGUUCCGUUUUACUCACGUUCUGCUGCUUUAACUUCACUUAAAGCCUCAAAAUCAUUUCCAUUUUUGUAAAUAGACAUAGGAAUAGGUUAUGUAAAUUUUCUUGCCCUUUAAAACAUCCCGCGGAGCUCCGUCAGCGCGUUAGAUUCUCGAGCCAAACGUGGAACUGUGGUGCACAAACUGAACGGUACUUUUUGUUUCAACCAAAGCUGUAUUUAUUUAGCUUCCCCCCUCCCGCAUUUCUUUCCGUCUGUUCCUUGUUUUUGAGGGGUAAAUGAUGGUACUGUGUAAAUGUAUUCUGUGUAGAUGUGUAAUUGUACAUGAGUUUUACUACUGACCACAAGUGCUGGUGAGAGACGGAGGUCAGAGAGGGCUGAGAGGUGAAACGAAACUUUAAACAUUCAGAGAUGCUGUCCUCUCCCACCUUCCUCCUUUGACGAGCACUGGCUGCCUGUCUGUCUGAUUACACCCUCCUCCCCCCCAUCCUCACACACUUUAUGUAAACUGUCAUCUAUUUAAAUGGAAUUUUAACAACUUUUCUUUUGUGGUUAUUUAAGUUUUUAAUUGAUGAAAGAAAGUGUCCACUCAGGCUGCUGAAAAAUGAUGGAGAAUCGGUAUGUGCAUGUUUUUUUUUAUUUUUUUAAAUGUACCUGAAAUCAUCACGGAGCUCUGCUUUGUCCUACAACAGGGUAUUUUUGAAGCCAGUAACAGUUUGAAUCUGUUGGUUUAACUUGUGGGUCAGGACAGCCACAACAACGUACACCCGCCGAGGUCAGCACUUUGUUUAAACGCCGACCUCUUGAUCGUUUUUACGGUAGAAGACUGCCAGCCCGCUCACCUCUGUGCUGCACGACUACGUAAAUGUUUCUGCUCAGCUUUCUCAUCGUGGACACUAAAUCUAUACAGCGUGUUAAGGAUUAUUCACUUCUCGGUGGACUCAGAGGUGAAACUGCCAACAGUCUUCUCAGAUCAGAAGGUUUAUUUGCCAAAAAAAAAUGUCCGUACAUUCCUCGUUUGCUUUUCGGGUCGGCUUCCGAGCCCAGUGGCAAGUAUUCAAAUAAACUCCAUCUGUUGUCCUUGAAUAUGACUUGUGAUUAUCAGGUACUUUAGAGGGUUUGCAUUCUUAUUCCUGUUGAGGAAAACUAAUCUUUUUUUAAUGUUUAAAUGCACUUUUACCACUCUGUGAUGUUUGUGAAAACCCUUUGUUCCUCAAUACAACCACUUUCCAAUGAUUUGUACUUGUUGUGUAAAGUAUCAGUAGUUCUCUUUUUUUUUUUUCUCUCGUCAGGAAAAGAGUAGAUUUUGAAUAUUUGUCAAGACACAAGACAGGUUUCCCUCUUUGCACUUUGAGUUUGGAUUUACUCGGUACUAUUUCCAUUAACAAUAUAAAUCGAUGUAAAAAAGGCAUCACAACGAAUGAGCUUUAGUCAUUUAACAAAGUCGCAUUUUUAAACAAAACUAAGAUUAUGUGUGGAGCUCCAGUACAGUAACAAACUGGAUUAUCCAAUGUGUUGAUCUCAAACUGUUUUCACAGGUGUUCAUGUGUGAAUUAGUAAUACAAGACCAAAACAUGAGAGGAAUGUGUAAUACAUAGAGUAUAUAUAUACUGUAUAUGUGUACAUGUGUGGAGCAUAUAUACAAACCAAGAGUACUUCAGAUAUUUAAAAUGUUGUUUUUUUUUUCUUUUUAAGGCUCUUACUCUACUGUAGAAAUGUACGUUGUUGGUUCUAGGUAGCUGCCAGUGGCUUUACAGUCUGUAGAUCAGUGAAGACAGAAGUUGAUAAUACAGUUUACAUGUUUAACUGACAGCUUAAUGUUCAUUUUUGUGCCUACGGUUGGUACUGUGUGCUCGCUUUGGAGCUGUCUUGUUGGAAUCAGUGAAACGAUUUUAUUGGCAUUUUGACCGCACGAGCAGAAGUGACAACUGUAGGCUGUGUAUAAAAGAUGGACGUGUCUUAAACCUGCAUUCUGUCCAACGGCCAGCAGGGGGCGAUUCCUGAAUGUAUAGAAGCCAAGGAGAAAAUGAUCCUGCUUCUCAUUUGAUUUGUUACCUCAGUAAACAUUUUUGUAUUGAGUUUAUGGCCUCAAUUGCUAGUUUCAAGCCUUUAAGAAUAGAACACGAUGUUUAUUUUGUAAAAUACAGUCCCAUUUAGAGUUAAAUAGAUGCUAAAACGGGGUAUAUUUUAGGGGCUUUCUUGUAAUUGUUGGAUGUAAGUCAAAUCCAGCCGUGUUUAGUCACAUCUGCUUUCAAAAGGGCAAAAUGGCAAUGAAACAUUUCCAUCCAUGAGGCUUCAGAAUGGUCGUUGGAAAACCAAUGAAUGACAUCUCGGUAGCUACAGCCAUCUUUUCUGUCCAGUCUGUGUAUGAAUGUAUGUGGCGGCUCUGAGACUGGAUAGUAUAUGGUCCCUAAAGUGAAAAUGUUGCUCAUUUAAUACUGUAAUUUUUAAACUUCUUAGUACUUGGAAAAAGUACACAAAGUUUGCAGUCCUGUAUUAUGUGAGUGUAACAUAUCACCCCUGUUUACAUUGGUCAGCCUCGCCUUAAAUGAACCAACGAAUAUUAGAUGAAUUACCAAGAAAUGUGGCACAUAUGUAUUUAUGUCACAAACUUCCCAGUAAGCUUCCCUUAGCUUCAUAUUUAUCCCCAUCGUAGGACCCAAACUUUACAUUUUCCCAAUAUUUCCAGUUUAUGACUAAAUACAGCUUUGGAAAUAAUUACUAUACCACUGUAACCACUGUUUUCUGCCUCUUCCUUUGCAGUUCUUGCUGGUGCCAUACUGUAUACGAUUGAGCUACCAUUUAAUUUGGAUGACCUGUACAGCUUAUACAUGAAACAGUGGUGACUCGAAAAUGUGUUCCACCAUCUAGUGUGAUUUUUGAAUGUUUAAAGUGUAAAUACAUCAUAUUUUUAAACAGAAUUUAUUGAAUGUAUUGACUUAUUAUUAGACUUUUUUCAUGCCUUUAAGAAGAUGCUAUAAUUAUUUAUCCACUAAGUUAAAAUCCCCAAAAAUGUUAAGUCCUGUUUUGUCGACUUUCUGUAAGAAAUCAAUGUGGUCUAAUAAUUACUUCCAAAGCUGUACACGAGAAUUUUGUUUAGGUAUAAUCAAAAGCUAUUGACAUGCUAAUAUGCUAAACAAAGUUGCUGAACAUAGUACAAAUUACCUGCUAAAUGUUAGCAUUAUCAGCUUGCUAGCAUGCUAAUGUUAGCUUUUAAAAACACUGCUGUGCCUAUUACAACCUUACAAAUUCCUUUAUGUUUUAUUUCCCUUUGACCCUAAAUUAAACUGGAUUACUGUGGAAAAAAAGCUGUACGGAAAACUAAUUCCUGUUAUUUCCUGACUGAAUGUCUUUAGCUCCCAUCGCUAACCUUGCCACUGUUUUAGUUCACUUGAAAACAAGCUUCGACUUUGGCCUGAGCUGCUCUGGCACACUGGGGGGGGAAUGAGCGCUAACGCCGCUAGCUAGUUUCCUUCCCACCAGAAUGCAGCCCGGGGGGUUGCUUCUUGUCCGCCCUGAGCUUUAACCUCUGUUAUUUCUGUCCUGUUUACGGCCAAAGCUCUCAUUUAAUCCGACACGCACAAUAUUUUACCGCGACACGACCGCGGCAGCGUAGCAUUAGACGCCGCUUCUGCAUCACAAACCCUCCUCGACUUUCCUCCUAUUAGACAUUUGGUGUGACUGGGCUGCCUCCGGCCCACCCCGAGGCCUCUGGCUCUCAUGUCUCCCCUUCUUUCCCCACACUGUCCCAUUUUCCAUUUUCACCCAGUAAUGAGACCAUCUUUUACUUUUCAAGCGGUUAAAUUAAUUAAAAGCAGCAGCAGCCGUGUUUGUGCUUCAGACAGCAUGCCGUAGACAAGAGUCGUGUUGACACUGUGUAUGUAGUGUAUAUGAUUGUCGGACAUAAAGGGAAUACUAUACGAUGAUCCAGAUGUAAUAUUUUAUUGUUCCUAUAAUUAAUAUAAAGUAUCUGACUGAACGUUCAGUAAUAAACUUCCUCUCACGGAGCUUCA